GAGGCGACCGAGUCGGGUGCCAGGGGGCGCUGCGGAACCCGGCGGGGGGCGAGGCAGCGGCGGGACCCGGCACUAGGGGACGCUGCGCGCGGUCCCCCGCGCCCCUCCUCCUGCCGGGCGCACCGCUCGGCCCCGUGGAGGCGGGAGCGCGGGAGCACAGGCGCGGGGCGAGCGCAGGGAGCGCGCAGCGGCCCUGGCCCCCGCGGGAGCGCGGCUGCGGGGCCGAGCAGGGGCGGUGGGUGGCCAGGCGUCCGUCUUAGCCUGCGCGCGGGCCGCGGUCCCCGGGGAUGCGAGCAGUGGCGUCUCGGCCGGCCGGGUCCCGAGCGGCGCGGAGGCCGGCCGCGUACGCUCCGCCCUCUUUGGCCCGGACCCAAUCUCCAGGGACUAAAAAUAUUGCCCGGAGGCUCCUGAGCGGAAUCAGAUCGCAUUAAGUAGGACGCAGGCUGAGGUGACAGAGCUUUUCAGCACCAGGGCCCGAAGAGCAGACUCCAGAGAGCGGUCCCGCCCACGCGCCUUCAGCAGCUAGCGUCCUCCCUCCUCCGGCAGACCUACAGGUGGUGUCUCUCCUGCCAGGAACGUGCCUCCUGGGUCAGUAUGAAGCUGAAAAAGCAGGUGACGGUGUGUGGGGCUGCUAUCUUCUGUGUGGCCGUCUUUUCUCUGUACCUCAUGCUGGACCGAGUGCAGCAUGAUCCUGCCAGACAUCAGAAUGGUGGGAACUUCCCCAGGAGCCAAAUUUCUGUGCUACAGAACCGGAUUGAACAGCUGGAACAACUGCUGGAGGAAAACCAUGAGAUCAUAAGCCAUAUCAAGGACUCUGUACUGGAACUGACAGCCAAUGCAGAGGGCCCACCAGCCCUGCUGCCCUACCAUACUGCCAACGGCUCCUGGGCUGUGCUCCCGGAGCCCCGGCCCAGCUUCUUCUCCGUCUCCCCCCAGGACUGCCAGUUUGCUUUGGGGGGACGGGGUCAGAAGCCAGAACUACAGAUGUUAACUGUGUCUGAGGACUUGCCGUUUGACAAUGUGGAGGGUGGCGUGUGGAGGCAAGGCUUUGACAUCUCCUACAGCCCAAACGACUGGGACACUGAAGACCUGCAAGUGUUUGUGGUGCCUCAUUCCCACAACGAUCCAGGCUGGAUCAAGACUUUUGACAAGUACUACACGGAACAGACCCAGCACAUCCUCAACAGCAUGGUGUCCAAGCUGCAGGAAGACCCCCGGCGGCGCUUUCUCUGGGCAGAAGUCUCCUUCUUCGCCAAGUGGUGGGACAACAUCAGUGCCCAAAAGAGGGCAGCAGUUCGAAGGCUGGUGGGAAAUGGGCAGCUGGAGAUUGCGACAGGCGGAUGGGUGAUGCCCGACGAGGCCAACUCCCAUUACUUUGCCUUGGUUGACCAGCUCAUUGAGGGACACCAGUGGCUGGAGAGAAACCUGGGUGCAACCCCGCGCUCAGGCUGGGCAGUGGACCCCUUUGGACACAGCUCCACCAUGCCUUACCUGCUGCGCCGUGCCAACCUGACCAGCAUGCUGAUUCAGAGGGUGCAUUAUGCCAUCAAGAAGCACUUUGCUGCCACUCAUAGCCUGGAGUUCAUGUGGAGGCAGAUGUGGGAUUCAGACUCCAGCACAGACAUCUUUUGCCACAUGAUGCCCUUCUACAGCUACGACGUUCCACACACCUGUGGCCCCGAUCCCAAGAUCUGCUGCCAGUUUGAUUUCAAACGUCUGCCGGGUGGGAGAAUCAAUUGCCCUUGGAAGGUGCCACCCCGGGCUAUUACAGAAGCCAAUGUGGCAGACAGGGCAGCCCUGCUCCUGGACCAGUACCGGAAGAAGUCCAGGCUGUUCCGAAGCAACGUCCUCCUUGUGCCACUGGGUGAUGACUUCCGGUAUGACAAGCCCCAGGAAUGGGAUGCCCAGUUCUUCAACUACCAGCGGCUCUUUGACUUCCUCAACAGCAAGCCUGAGUUCCAUGUGCAGGCCCAGUUUGGGACCCUCUCUGAGUAUUUCGAUGCCCUGUAUAAGAGGACAGGAGUAGAGCCUGGUGCCCGGCCUCCAGGGUUUCCUGUCCUGAGUGGGGACUUCUUCUCCUACGCUGACCGGGAGGACCACUACUGGACAGGCUAUUACACCUCCCGGCCUUUCUACAAGAGCUUGGACCGAGUCCUAGAAGCCCACCUGCGUGGGGCAGAGAUUCUAUACAGCCUGGCUUUGGCCCAUGCCCGCCGUUCUGGACUGGCUGGCCAGUACCCGCUGUCUGAUUUUGCUCUUCUGACGGAAGCUCGGCGUACACUGGGCCUCUUCCAGCACCACGAUGCCAUCACGGGAACUGCCAAGGAGGCAGUAGUGGUAGACUAUGGAGUCAGGUUGCUGCGUUCCCUGGUCAGCCUCAAGCAGGUUAUCAUCAAUGCUGCCCACUACCUGGUACUGGGGGACCAGGAGACCUACAGCUUUGACCCUGGGACACCCUUCCUCCAAAUGGAUGACAGCCGUGUGAGCCAUGAUGCCCUGCCCGAGCGCACGGUGAUCCAGCUGGACUCCUCACCCAGGUUUGUGGUGGUAUUUAACCCGCUGGAACAGGAGCGGCUCAGUGUGGUGUCCCUGCUGGUCAACUCGCCCCGGGUGCGCGUCCUUUCAGAGGAGGGCCAGCCCCUGUCUGUGCAGAUCAGUGUGCACUGGAGCUCGGCCACGGACAUGGUCCCUGAUGUCUACCAGGUGUCAGUACCCGUCCGCCUGCCAGCCCUGGGUCUGGGUGUGCUGCAGCUGCAGCCAGAUCUCGAUGGGCCCUACACGCUGCAGUCUUCCGUGCGUGUCUACCUGAACGGCGUGAAGCUGUCCGUCACCAGGCAAUCAGCAUUCCCUGUCCGUGUUGUGGACUCCGGCGCCAGCGACUUCGCCAUCAGCAAUCGCUACAUGCAGGUCUGGUUCUCCGGCCAUACUGGGCUUCUCAAGAGUAUCCGACGGGUGGAUGAGGAGCAGGAGCAGCAGAUGGAACUGGAGUUCCUCGUCUACGGCACCCGUACCUCCAAGGACAAGAGUGGCGCCUACCUCUUCCUGCCUGAUAGCGAGGCUAAGCCCUACGUCCCUAAGAAACCUCCUGUGCUGCGUGUCACCGAAGGCCCUUUCUUCUCAGAGGUGGCUGUGUAUUAUGAGCACUUUCACCAAGUGAUUCGACUUUAUAACCUGCCAGGGGUAGAGGGGCUGUCUCUGGACAUGUCAUUCCAGGUAGAUAUCAGGGACUAUGUGAACAAGGAACUGGCCCUGCGCAUCCGCACGGACAUUGACAGCCAGGGCACUUUCUUCACAGACCUCAAUGGCUUUCAGAUACAGCCCCGACAGUAUCUGAAGAAGCUGCCCCUGCAGGCUAAUUUCUACCCUAUGCCAGUCAUGGCCUAUAUCCAAGAUUCCCAGAGGCGCCUCACGCUGCACACUGCCCAGGCUCUGGGUGUCUCCAGCCUCGGUAAUGGCCAGCUGGAGGUGAUCUUGGACCGAAGGCUAAUGCAGGAUGACAACCGGGGACUAGGCCAAGGGCUCAAAGACAACAAGAUCACCUGCAACCGUUUCCGCCUCCUGUUAGAACGUCGGACCACGAUGAGCCCGGAGGUGCAUCAGGAGCAGGAGCGUUCUACAAGCUACCCGUCCCUCCUCAGUCACCUGACAUCCAUGUACCUCAGCACACCUCCUCUUGUCUUACCCGUGGCCAAGAGGCAGGGCACCAGCCCUGCUCUGCGCUCUUUCCACCCUCUGGCUUCUCCAUUGCCCUGUGACUUCCAUUUGCUCAAUCUGCGCAUGCUCCCAGCCGAGGACACCUUGCCCGCAACUGAUGCUGCGCUCAUCUUACACCGCAAGGGGUUUGACUGUGGCCUUGAAGCCAAGAACCUGGGCUUCAACUGUACCACAAGCCAAGGCAAGCUGGCCCUGGGGAGCCUCUUCCAUGGCCUGGAUGUGACCUUCCUGCAGCCAACCUCCUUGACUUUGCUAUACCCUCUGGCCUCACCCUCCAACAGCACUGACAUCUCUCUGGAGCCCAUGGAGAUCGGCACCUUCCGCCUGCGCUUGGGCUAGGCUAGGGCUUCUUGUGGCCUGAAGACAGAGUUCAUCCACAGAGACUGCCUCCUAACACCAAGACUGAGCUGGACAAGCCACACCAAGUCUCCCCUCCGCUCUGCCUCAGAACCGACAGACUGUGCUGUGCCCUUCCGUUGUCUAUUGCUGCUCCUGCGUUUGGAACAGCUCUUACAUCAGCAGGCGGCGGGGGCAGAGAGACAGGGGAGAGGAGGCCCUUGCCCUGGGCUGUGAGUAGGUGCCCAGCUGGGCACAACUCAGGCUCCAUCCUUUUCCCAAAAUGGGAUGUAGGAAGAGUGGGGACAAGCAGAAGAGGUCAGGGAGGCUGGGGGACAACCUCACGCCAGAUGACUGCAGGUAUGAGCUUGCUCUGUGGGGUCAUAUGGACCCCACAGUGCUAGUAUGAGGGUACAGGAGCAAGGUGAUUCUGGGAGGAGAGGGGUAGGCGCCCAUUAUUAGUGGAGUAAAGGCGUGGAAGGAGUCCCUGAUUCUCCUAAGAGCCUAAAGGCUUUGCUGCUUUCUGUUCUGCUCUGCUCUGAGUGCCACUGGGCCUGCAUGCCCUGGCUAGGGGCUGCUGGGUGGCAGGAAGGGCUUGCUUGAGACUCUCCAGGCCAGAGGCCACGGAACACUUCAGGUACUCGCACUAGUUCUCAGCUGAUCAUUUGGUGUUGAUUUGUGACAGGGGUAGGGAGUGUCUCCCCCUGACCUGCUUUUUUAUCUCACACACCAGUCUCCCCACAAGUUCCCAUUGUGGGGAUCCUGGCAGGAUUCCUUUCCCUAGAAUGGAAACAGAGUUUCCAAGACGGCUGUGCUUGGGUGUCUUGGGAAGGCAUCCUGUGCUGGGGCCCCUGGCGGGCUAAGGAGGUUCACUCGUUUCCCACCUGCAGAAGUAUUACCUGCCCGCUAUGUGGACGAGGAAGGCAUAGACAAAAUUAGGAGGUCACGUGCUUGGGUGAACCUUCGUUUUUGCUUCAAUCAAUAGAGAAUCUGUCUAUAAACGAUUAGAGUUGGUAAAAGCAAAGUUCCAUCCUUACGAAAACUUAGUAAGCCGAGACCAGAAAGAAGCCCCAUAGUCUAGGUAAAGAUCUCUGUCACCAGUAAGUAAAGGCUUCCGAAGAAUCGGACAGUGCAGGCGUUCCUCUCCGAGCCGGAAACUGGCCGGCGGCAGGCUGCUACUUAACAGUAUCCUGGUGUUACUAACCCAUACUCCAGAUGGAAACAAGAAUUAUAAUUGCCACUGUUUUAAAACCAUAAGCUACCUAAGAAACCUGUGUCAACUGAAGACCUAGCAAGGCGUUCUGUGAGUUGCCCUGUAAAGACUGGUUCUCCCCAAAUCAACCCAUAAACAUCAGUGCAAUUCCCA